UUCGCCACCCGGCGGUUCGGGUAGGUUGGGCGUCCCCUGGGCUCGGCUCAGGCUUCCCUGUCCUAGGCGGUGGGUCUGUGAUUGCUGUGGGGUUGUGCUGCCGCUAGGCUUCCCGCCCUAAGAGUACGCGCGACCUGAGCUUGGAUCCUGAGGGGCUAGGAAAAAAGGAUCCUCUCAGCAUGAGGUCCUCCUUGCAGGCAGUAGCACUCUGGGGAAAGAAGGCCCCUCCACACAGCAUCACUGCCAUCAUGAUCACUGAUGACCAGCAAACCAUUGUGACUGGAAGUCAAGAAGGUCAACUCUGUCUCUGGAAUCUCUCACCUGAACUAAAGAUUUCAGCUAAAGAACUUCUGUUUGGUCAUUCGGCUUCAGUAACAUGUUUGGCAAGAGCAAGGGAUUUCUCGAAACAACCUUACGUCAUCAGUGCUGCUGAAAAUGGGGAGAUGUGUGUUUGGAAUGUCACCAACGGACAGUGCGUGGAGAAGGCCACUCUUCCUUACAGGCACACUGCAAUCUGUUAUUACCACUGCUCAUUCCGGAUGACAGGGGAAGGUUGGCUUUUGUGUUGUGGAGAAUAUCAAGAUGUUCUUAUCAUUGAUGCCAGAAGUUUGGCUGUUAUUCACACUUUCAUAUCGUCUCAGUCUCCUGAUUGGGUCAACUGCAUGUGCAUUGUUCACUCCAUGAGAAUUCAAGAAGAUUCUCUCUUGGUGGUAUCAGUAGCGGGUGAGCUCAAAGUAUGGGAUCUCUCUUCAUCUAUCAACAGUAUUCAGGAAAAGCAAGAUGUCUAUGAAAAGGAAUCCAAAUUUCUCGACUCCCUGAACUGCCGGACAAUACGAUUUUGCACAUAUACAGAGAGACUUUUACUGGUGGUAUUUUCUAAAUGUUGGAAGGUUUAUGAUUAUUGUGAUUUUUCCCUUCUGCGAACUGAAGUUAGUAGAAGUGGGCAGUUUUUUGCUGGUGGAGAGGUGCUUGCUGCUCACAGAAUCAUCAUCUGGACAGAAGAUGGUCACAGUUAUAUCUAUCAGCUGCUGAACAGUGGGCUUUCCAAAAGCCUAUACCCUGCUGAUGGAAGAGUGCUUAAAGAGACCAUUUAUCCUCAUUUACUGUGCUCUACUUCUGUGCAGGAAAAUAAGAGCCUUUCCUUUGUUAUGGGCUACAUGAAUGAACGGAAAGAGCCUUUUUAUAAGGUACUUUUCUCUGGAGCAGUCUCAGGAAGAAUUACUUUGUGGCAUAUCCCUGAUGUUCCUGUAUCCAAGUUUGAUGGUUCUCCUAGAGAAAUACCAAUAACUGCCACAUGGACCCUUCAAGAUAAUUUUGAUAAGCAUCAUACCAUGUCCCAAAGUAUUAUUGAUCAUGUCUCUGGGACUGCAACAGUCGGAGUCACUUCAUCAGAGUAUGUUCCAAGUCUUGAUAAACUAAUAUGUGGCUGUGAAGAUGGGACAAUUUUCAUUACACAGGCUUUGAAUGCUGCCAAAGCAGGACUUCUAGAAGGCGGUUCUUUAUUAAAAGAUUCCCUUCCUUACAAAGUUCUCAAAGGCCAUCACCAAAGUGUUACUUCAUUACUUUACCCACAUGGUCUCUCUUCGAAAUUAGACCAAAGUUGGCUUGUGUCUGGGGACCAGGACUCGUGUGUCAUCUUGUGGAAUAUCUUCACUGAAGAAGUUUUGCAUAAAUUCUUUUUGGGAGCCGGUCCAGUAACAAGUCUUUUGAUGUCACCAGAGAACUUCAGACUAAGAAGUGAUCAGGUAAUUUGCUGUGUGUGCAGUGACCAUUCCGUGGCUCUCCUUCACCUUGAGGGGAAGAGGUGCCUCCUGCAUGCCCGGAAGCACCUUUUCCCUGUGAGGAUGAUAAAAUGGCACCCGGUUGAGAAUUUUUUAAUUGUUGGAUGUGCAGAUGACUCCGCUUACAUCUGGGAAAUUGAAACAGGCACUUUGGAAAGACAUGAAACAGGAGAAAGAGCAAGAAUUAUUCUCAGUUGUUGUGAUGAUUCACAGCUUCUAAAGCCUGAUUCUGUACUUCCAUUUGCCUCAGAGACACAUAAGCACAAAAGUGUAGAACAGAGAUCCUCCAGCUCCUAUCAGUUUGGGCCAAUACCUUGCCCUGGUCUGCAGGUGGAGUCUUCAUGUAAGGUUGCUGAUGCCAAGUCUUUCUCAGGACCUUUUAAUGUCUUGCCUGUGAAGACAAAAUGGAGUAACAUUGGCUUUCAUAUCCUUCUGUUUGAUCUGGAAAAUCUUGUUGAACUUUUGCUGCCAACUCCAAUCUGUGAUGUUGACCCUUCCAAUUCAUUCUAUGGUAGUGAGAUCCUGAGAAGAGCCAAAAGCACAGUGGAGAAGAAAACAUUGACGCUAAAAAGAAAUAAAACUGCCUGUGGUUCUCUCUCAGCGGAGGCGCAAGCCAAGCUUGUUGGUGAAAACCCAGCCCAAGGAGAUAAUGCUGUCAAAUUCUUAGAAGAAAGUGAUGGCAUUAAAAGGCAGAAGAAAACAAAGAACUCCAAAAAGAUGCACCCUAAGCCAUCAAGAAAAGUGGAUGCCAGCAUCACAAUAGACGUAGCUAAAUUGUUCCUAUCUUGCUUUUUGCCAUGGGGAGUGGAUAAAGAAUUAGAUAAUCUCUGCAUUAAACAUCUCAAUAUUUUAAAGCUUCAGGGUUCUGUUUCUUUAGGACUUGCCGCAAAUGAAGAUCGCUUCUCGUUAAUGCUGCCGGGGUGGGAUGAAUGCAAUGUUGAAAUGAAAACAGACUAUUCAAAAGUUAAUUUAUUUUCCAAAAAAGUUUUGGACUUGUCAAAUAAAUACACGUCCACGCUUCCAAAUCAGGUUGGGAUGCCAAGAGGACUGGAGAAUAAUUGUGAUUCUUUGCACGAGUCAAGCACUAUAGUUUAUUUAUUGAGCAGACUAUUUGUAGUUAAUGAGUUAGUUAACAUGCCUUUAGAGUUGGCAUGUGGAACUGACAGGUCUUUCAAAAUGGAAUCUGUGCACAGCAAGGCAAAAAGUUCUGGGAAUGAGAUUUUGACUAUUUCAAGCUUCUGUGGUUACUUACGAAAUGGUAAGAAUGACUCCCAUAUACCCGAUGCUGACGUUUCACUUUGGAAGCUCAUUUCUUGUUGGAGAGACCACUCUGUGCAGGUAACUGAAGCAAUACAAGCUGUUCUCUUGGCGGAAGUUCAACAGCAGAUGAAGACGUUGAGUAAGACACCAGUCAACAGUCAACCAGUGUCCAUGACAGAGGACAUCCACUGUGAGAUGAGGCAAAUCCUGCAGAAGAUGGAAUGGACCCAGGGGGAGGAGAUAGAGUUACAGUGUACUACAGACACCUGGCCUCUGCAAACUCCAGUCAGUCCGGUCAAGCAUGACAGCAACUCAAACUCGGCAAACUUCCAAGACACUGAGGACAUGCCUGACAGAUGCGUUUUGGAAGAGUCUGAGAGUCCAGGUAAGCCAAGGCAUCAUUCGUGGAUAGCGAAGGUGUGCUCCUGCAAGCUGUGCUAAAUGGAAUCUUACCUAUAGGAAUUGGAUUUGGACAAAUGAUGAAACCUAAGCAUGCCAUUUGUUUAUUGUUGUAUAAAAACUAUGCUGUUAUCGGUCAAGUUAUUAGGUUGUAAGUAGAUAUGCUAAUACUUUGGAAAGAGUGUAUUGAAAAUGUAAUUACUGAUUGAAAAUAUCUGAAUUGAUCUACUUUUAGAAAAUCAUUGUUGAAAUCAUUUUAUAUUCCUGAUUCUUACUUUCCUUUAAAAUUAACAACAAGGAAUGCCAGUCUGCAGACAUAAAUUUAACAGUUUUAGAUUUUCUUCCAUCUUUUCAGUUGCUGGAUUAUAUAAGCAACAUUAAAACCACAUUGCUUUUAAAUAUGUAACAUACAGUACUUCCUCAAAUUUAAUACUGCUUCAUCUAAUCUAAAACUUUACCAGACUUAUUCGAUUUGUUAGGUUAGGACAUUUUGUUUUAGUAUAUGCUUUAAUAUGGAUCAGUCACCCUGCAGUAAAUCUCAUCAAAGCAUGAAAUGUUGUCAACAAAUAGCCAGUUCCAUUUAGUCAUCAAUUAGCCCAAAUAAGUGGUAGUAUAACAGGGACCAAUCUUGUGUGGUCAGGUUCAUUUGGACUUCUAAUGACAUAGAAGCUAAUGUCUUUAGCCAAACGUUGAUCUUGUUGGCCACAUAGAUGUGAACUAUAUAUCUACUUACAGCACAUUGCAGUUGAUCCAUAUUAAGUAUAAACUCUUGUAGUUCUUUUCCCAGAAAGAAGUGUGACUAGCAAGAAUUCUUAAAAUAUGCAAAGCAAUAUAAAUAGGACAAAGUGCUCAUCUAUUAAACCCCUUAGUGAUCUGAUUUAUUUGUUGUGACUUAUAUUGCAUAAUUCCUGGAUUUAUAGAAAAUCAUCAAAAAGAUUAGUGUGUAUAUGAAUACAAAUAUUGCCUAAUCCAUAAAAAAUGGAAAUAAAAUGUUAAAUAUAUGAUCUAUCUAUCAUCUAUCUAUCUAUCUAUCUAUCUGAUAGGGAAGUUCCAAUCACUUCAAUUUAACAAACAUAUUUGAGGCAGUAGCAUCAGGUCCUAUGCUGGGAUGCAAUGGGGAGAUUUGAGAACUAUACAUUGGAAUGGCAUGGUCUCCACCUUUAAGGAACUUAUAAUUAAUGACUCACCCGGAUGAAUAUACCAGAACAUAGACACCUAGUGAGUGUGACUCCUUUAAAGCAGACAUAAAUCUGUGUUCUUUUUUCCCCCCCUAAAAUAUGUCAUUGCUUGAAAUUACUUUUGAAUUGUACUUCACAGAGUAAAAUAUUGUCAAUAUGAAUAAUCACAGAAAAUUAUCAUCUUUCGAAAAUCAUCCUAUAUACCACCCCCCCCCACAUACACACACAUUGGAAAUAGUUCAAAGCUACUUGGAACAAGUUUUAAAAUAAAGGAAGGUAGCAAGGAAAAUAUCGUCUUACAUGCUGUGUAUAGGUUCUGAAGGCCAUUACAAGAAGGAAGGCCAAGAACAUUUUUGAAGGUGGCAAUAUCAAAUAUGUAUAUAUUCUCUUAAGAGGGCAAUUUUAAUAGUUAAAACUUACUUGGAUGCUCAAGUUCUGGUAUAUUUAUUAAAAAUAAGCUGCUUUGUUUUUAUAGCUUGGCUCUAUUAUUCCCUUUUCAGUGAAGAUUAAAAAUAAGUUUAAACAGUUGCCAUAUUCAGCAUUUCCCAGGUCUAAGGAAACCAAUAUUGAAUCCUUGAUAAAUAUUUUAUGAUAUCACCAGAUAAAGGAAAUUAGAACUGGCAUAACCAUGACAUUACUAAAUGAGAUCUUUUAAGAUUUUUUUUGGCAUCACAUUGUGCAAUUGCUAAAAUUUAAUAAUUCAUAUUAAAUGAGUAAUUAUAAUCUUUUAUCAAUAUGAAUUCUGGAGGCCAACACCAUUGGCUGUUAAAAUUUCUAAUUCCUAAAAAUUAGAGUUUUAGAGAAAGACAUUUAAAUAAUGUUCUCAAAUAUCCAUGUGUAAAUGUAGACAAAUCCACGAGUCUGUUUAAAAAUGAUUUCUUUAUAUUGAUUUAUGUUCAGCAUGUUUCAGCAAUGUCUCUUGUAAGGAGAACUUAAAUAGCAAGUUGCCACCCAAUUAACUGGAUCAACCACAUGGUGACCCUAACCUCUUGGCACCACAGCUAAAAACCCAAAACUGAUGGCUUCUUGAAUAGGUAUUUAUCCUUUCUUGGCCUAGCCUUAGGUAACAAGUGGAGCAGUUAUAUUAGCAAGCAACUCAUUUGUUUGUAUCCAGAGUUUUUCUUGUUGUGGUAAUAAAUAACUCAUUUAAAAAAU